GCAAUAUGUAUAUGGUUCGGACAAUUUUUGAUAAUAAUAAUAGUUGUAUUAUUCAAGGGAAAGAACAAACGUGAAUUCAAGUGGGAAAAUUCGUGAGAAAUUUUGUGCUGACUAGUUAGAAAUACAUAAUUCAUAAUUAUUUGUUUCGGAAGGAAAUAAGAUCACAUCGUAAUAAAAGGCAAUCUGAACUUUUUGCAAAAAAAUAUACAUCUCGCCAGCUACGUCACCGCCCGCUGUUCAAUGUACCUCACCACCAUAAUAACAGGUCAUUUAUCAACAUAAGAUCUGAUCUUCCUAGAUCCAUUGGCCCUACAACACACAAUGGUGCAUACACUUAACCAAUAGUCAACGAAUAAAACAACACAUUGAAGUUGAACGAAGAGCAAACUUAAUACUCAUCUAAAAUGUUAUCAUAUUGUUUGAUUUCCUCUAUGUAAUGUGAUUGACGCGAUGGGAAAAAUAAUAUUUUCCAUUCUAUCGAAGUUUACUUGUGGGAGUAUAAUUUAUAUAUAUUUUAUAGAGUAUUUUUAGUACAUAAAAUAUAUAAACGGAAUAAUAAACAUAUGUGCGUCAUUCAGAUAAUAACUUAUUGAAUUCUAAAAAUCUUGAUUUGUUUAUAUAUGUGUUGAAAAAUCUACAAUGAUUUGGUAUUCCAUCUCAACAGAAAACAAAUACAUUGAAUGGAAUCAAGGCUAGCAGUGUUACAUUAGUGGAAUUUUCCUCUCAUUUCAAACAUAAAUUUGGCUGUUACAUCAAGAUGGACUACUUGACUGAUUACGUCCAAGUAGAUGCGAUUAGCACAUGUAAAUGGAUGAAGAUCAAUUCAAAUGAAAUAAAAAAAUUUAAUUAAUAGAACUUGAAUAGAAGUAUAAAUAAUUUUUCGUUUGGACACACGUAAAUCAAUGUGAGUUCGCGCCGUAGAUAAGAAGACACAAUGAUGUUAAAUAAAUAUCAGAAUUAUUUGCAACAACACCAAAACCAACAUCAGCAGAUUGUACAACAACAACAACAACAAAGCUGCGGUGAUAUUACUACAAGCAUCGCGAAAAGCGUUGGUGACGCUGGUCUUUCCGAUUAUGGAGCUAUGGCUUCUAAUAUUUCCAAAUCAGAACGAGAAUCUAUACACUCUGGCCAAUUUAUGGUUUCUCAUUUCGAAGCGGAGGAGGCACAAGAAGAUGAUCUCGAAGAGGAUGAUGAAGUAAAAAUGCUUGAUCCCGAAGAAAUAAAUCUUACAAAAACAGAGGAUGUAGAAAAUACAUGCACUGAUGUGCAGCGUUUUGUACCACGAAAAAUAUCAUACGUUCCAGAGCUAGGUCAAGAAGGAUCAGUGGUGGCCUCUCACUUGGAAAUAGAAACUUCGCUCACCAAAUUAUUCAAAUGUAUGAAUCUAGCUUACAGUCAAAAAUUAACAUCCCCAAAAUGGAAUCAUUUCAAAGGAAUUCGCUUGCGCUGGAAGGAUAAAAUUCGUUUAAACAAUGUAAUUUGGCGAUGCUGGCACAUGCAAUUCAUACUGAAGCGUAGGACACCCGUGUGCCAGUUUGCAUCACCAUUGGACGUUGACAUCCAUAGCAACCCGCAGGCGGUUGUUUUAGAAGGGAAAUAUUGGAAACGUCAAACCACCGUUAUCAAAGCCGAAUACAGGAAAUGGCGGAAAAAUUCGAAAUCUAAAACUGCUGGUUGCCUCACUUAUGAUACGAAAAGUGAAUUCGACUUUUUGGAAUGGUCUCCAUUGAACGAUCGCAUGUUAAUGAUACCCGAUGAUUGGACAAAUGACACACUGUUCUCUUCAAUUAAUGGACCAUUUCCAUUUCCAGAUCCUCGUGAAAUAGCACGUGGUGCGGGAAUCGCUGAUUUUAUACAGCCUGGCCUUGGCUCUCUUCAGCCGAACAUUGACGAUAUCGAUCUGACGAUUGAUGAGCUGUUGCAGCCGAAUCGGCUCCCGCCAGUGCCAGAGGAAGGCACUGAUGAAAUGCUUAAAAAUGUAGAAUAUAACCUCUCAGCAAUCAUGGGUUCUGAUCAGCUAGAGUCAAAUAGUAUGGUUGGUGUGGUUGGUGGUAACAAUUCGAAUACACUACCUGUGAACGAUGAUGCCAAUAUGUUAGACUUAAAUGCGCCACUUGAUUCGAUACAGUUUCAGUCGUCAAUGGUUCAACGUUAUCCAACACCAUUAUCUCGUGAAAAUAGUAAUAGUCAAUUAAUGAACACCUCGGGAUCUACUCAAGCGCAGACAAUUAACUCUGUGGACGCCAUUAUGACCGAUGAUCAUACGGGAACCGUAGGGGUUAAUGAUGGGUUAGGUUCCCCCGCCUCUGCAGCAUCAGCUUCGUCAUCUAUGCGAAUUCACUCCAAGCAUUUUCCGGCAACAAGUGAAGGUGUUUCAAACAACCGAUCCACAGGGAAUGAAUUUCCAAACAAAAGUGUGAUGAAAGGGCGAAUUUCCAAAAACUCACAAAGGAUAUUUAGGCGGGAACCGCAUAACUAUGAUAAAGCUCAACCAACAUUACAUCAAACCACAAUUUAUCAGCAAAUGUUGGCAGAACACCAGAAAAGCCAACAAAAUCAACAUUUACAGCCUACCUUAUCUUGCACAGCACUGCAACAUCAUAGUAUGACCUACCAUCAACAACAACAACAGCAGCAACAAAUGCAAUCAGCGGUCACACAAUAUCCCACUGGCACUGGCGACGGUAGCAGUGGUGCAGUUUAUGGUGGCUAUGGAAGUGUAGAUAUAUCAGCAUCAGCUAAUAGUGGUCUUAAUGUUAACAAUAAUUUGCUUAAUGUUUCUAUGGUAAAUCAAAAGCCCAAAGGUUAUGCAAUAAUACAGACGACCACAAAUUGUAUGCCCAACACCACACAAAUCAAUGCUAACAACUCACCACAUACAGGAAACACAUCAGUGCUGUUGCAGACGGUGAAAACGGAACCACCAUCCACCGAUAUGCUAUCAAUGUAUAAUUUAAGUGCUUCAAAUGAUGUUUAUGGCAUCAACACUAAUCUAAGUGGUAACAACAACUCAAACGCUUAUAAACCUUAUCCCAGUGUGAGCAACUUUAAGAAAUCCGCAUCCACUGGCGGUUACAUUAAUGUGCGCGUCAAUGCGAAUUCUCCCUAUAUGCACGAUCAAACCACAAAUGCACAACAAGUACACCAACAAUCGUUGCCACUGAAUUUAGGUUGUCAGGUGACUUCGUUGCCAAGCCCUUUACAAUUACAGGUACAAGCACAAUGCCAAUUAUCGCCUUCAUCUAGUCAUCAGCACCAACAACAAACACAGCAGUGCUCUCAGCAUCUCCUAACAACGCAACAGCAGCAUCAGAUGCAGCAGCUUAGUCAACAACAGCAGCAGCAGCAACAACAACAACAACCGUCUGUAAAUAUGAUGCCACGUGAAAUGAUUCGUUCUAAUAGUCUACCUUUGAAUGUGACACUGCAAAAAUUGGAUUCACGCUCAAGUCACGAUAACUUCGUUGUGCCCAAAUAUCAAGCUAAAAAUAAUAAGCCACGCUCACGCAGCAAUUCAAUACAUCAGCAUUCGCUAGGUGCACCCAGCGGCACCAAUAAGACCAGUAGUGCAACUAAUAGUAGUCUGAUGGUCUCACCGCAGUUGCAAUCAGCUACCAGCGAUCCGAUGUUAAAUAAUAGUACCUUAGCUCAACUUUUGACAACGAGCUCACGCUCGUUGCUUAAGAAACAAAGUUCUUCCUCAAGUGCCAUAUCAAACAUAAAUGUACCGAUGCCUGCGAUAUCGAUGCCAGCAGUGGUGGUACCACCACCAGCGUCUUCGACCAUAACUGUAAAUACAAAUAAAUCACAAAAUAUCGGCAACACAUCAAGCAGCGCCAAUUACUUUACAACUUCCAAUGUACAAUGCGCGCCCCCUAAUGCGUCCGGAACAUCAGCGGAAUCAUCAUACACUCGUCACAGCAUGCAAAUGCAUCAAGAACAACUGCAGAAGUCACCAAAAAAAUGUACUUCACUGCCAACACCGGCGGCACCACAAAUGUUGCAUAGCCCACCUUGCAGUAAGAUGUUAAGUUACCCGCCGACAGCCAGUCAAGCAGCCAUGUGCACUAAUACCUUGAGCUUAUCACCAGAAUCCUUUCACGAUCAAGAUUCACCGCUUUCACCAACACAUAGUUUGAAAUUUCCACGCGAUAAUCAAAGACGUGCCGGUCAUAUACAUGCCGAACAAAAACGACGGUAUAACAUUAAAAAUGGCUUCGAUUUAUUGCAUUCGCUUAUACCGCAACUACAACAAAAUCCCAAUGCCAAGCUGAGUAAAGCGGCUAUGCUGCAAAAAGGUGCGGAUCACAUUAAACAUUUGCGUUCGGAACGCAAUCAAUUGAAGGAUCACAUGGAAGCUUUGCUUAAGGAGAGAGACAUUCUCAAUAACUCUCUAACGCAUUUGCACUCAAUCCUUCCAGCUAAUGGCGCGCCUGUAACACGUCAAGGCACAGAACAUGUUCGGCAGUUGUAUGAUCAGUAUGUGCGCCAUCGUACAAUGCAAGACUGGAAAUUUUGGAUUUUGGGACUUAUAUUAGAACCCCUGCUAACCUCAUACACAGCGUCAGUGUCCAGUGCCAGCUUGGAGGAAUUACGACGCACAGCGUUUUUAUGGGUCGACCAACAUUGUUCACUGAUUGACUUGCGGCCAGCUGUUUCAAAUAAGUUAAAGUACUUGUCGAUGAAAACCGAUAUUUUGUCAGACCCUCCGUCAACUUUGAAAGACGAAGUCGCAAAAGCUGUCUAUAAUAGCUCUGGGCACCAUCCCAAUUUGCAUGGAACUUAAAAUAUACUAUAUAUUAGACGAUUGUUAAGCAUAAUAAUGUAAAAUUUUUCGAUUUUUGUUGCUAAUAUUUUCAAAAAUUUGUACAAAUAUUUUUUAUUCUUAAAAAAAUCGUGCCUAUAAACUUUAAAAAUAGUUACUGUUAUACGUUAAUAAAGUAUGAAAAACAAUUUUAAUGUAAGCAAAAUCUAUACAA